AUGGACAUAGUUAUGGAUGGAAAAGACACUGAAGAACGUAAGGCUAGGAGGUUUGAGAGAGGCUUGAGGGCUGAAAUAAGAAGAGCUAUUGAAAUUAUGGAGCUCCCAACUUCUGGUGUUAUCCUAAGAAAGGCACAAAUUCUGGACAAGACCGAGAAGCCUGUCGUAGUUGCUGAAACGAAGGACAAGGGACAAAAUUCUGCACUGAAGAGACCAUGGAACAAGGAUAGCAUGAAGAGGUAUGAUAAUGGGAAUGAAAUAGGCAAGAAGCCAAAAGUUUAUGGCACAAAUAAGAGGGAUGUCCUAGCCUAUGACACGUGUGAUAAGAACCAUGGGGGGACCUACCAUAAGAAGACUGGGACAUGCUUCAAGUGUGGAAAGACUGGACAUUUCAUACAAAACUGCAUAGAUACUAAAGAAGAUCAAGAAAGAACACAAAAGGAUCAAAUAGUACAAGGAAGAGUUUACGCCCUAACUAUGAAAGAGGCGGAAGAUGCAGCAACUAUGGUGGCAGGUACGAUCCUAGUAUCUAGACAGCUUGCGUUUACUUUAUUUGAUUCUAGAGCUACAUAUUCUUCUGUAUCCUCUAGAUUUGCUAGAAAAAUUAGUGGUAUGCUUGUUAAGUUAGAGUCGGAGUUUUCUGUGGCCACCCCUUCCGGGGAGGUGUUGAAUUGCAAAGAGAUGCUAAAGGGUUAUGCAAUAACUAUAGCGGGUAGGGAACUUGAAGCGAACUUGGUGAUCAUGGAUAUGUACGAUUUUGAUGUUAUACAGGGAAUGGAUUGGUUGUCCACUCAUCGCGGCUUAGUGAAGUGCUUUGAGAAGGAGGUUGUUUUCCAACCACCCAAGAUGUUGAGCUUCCUAGCCAGUGUGUUUGAGGCCAAGAAAGAAGGGAGCCAUAUGCAGGAUAUUCCAGCGGUCAAGGACUAUGCAAAUGUGUUUCCAGAGGACAUACAAGGAUUACCAACAGAUCGCGAAAUCGAGUUCGCAAUUGAACUUUUACCAGGCAUGACUCCUAUAUCGAAACCCCCUUAUUGA